CCCACUUUCUCUCUUUCUCUCUCUCUCUCACUCACUCUCUUUCUUGUUCUCUGACUUCUGUCUUAGUCUCACUCGUACAGGUGAUGUGAGAGGCGUGCAGGACGGCUUCUUAUAAAUUUCGGAUUCUCUCAGGACCCUCAGGAUUGAUAUUAAAGCUGUAAGUGUGAUGCAUAUUUCUUCUGAGACGUCAUGACCUGGACAAACCCUCUGACCCUUCUCCGGCACGGCUGGACGAGGCACCGGGACUCGGACAGACCCAUCAGGAAGGUGAUCUCCAACCUGCCCUUUGAAGAUCUGAAGAAGCGUGAGCAGCCGAAUCGCCGGUAUGGGGGCAACGCCAUCAAAACCAACAAGUACAGACUGUGGUCUUUCAUCCCCAUUAACUUAUUCGAGCAGUUCCAUCGUAUGGCCAACAUUUACUUCGUGGGCCUGGCCAUCUUGAAUUUCGUCCCGGUGGUGAACGCGUUCCAGCCGGAGGUGGCACUCAUUCCCAUUUGUGUCAUCCUGGCACUGACCGCUGUCAAGGAUGGUUGGGAGGAUUUCCGGAGGUACCAGACUGACCAACAGCUCAACAAUAUGCCCUGCUUCAUCUUCAGCAGGAAGCAGAUGUGUUUCGUGGAGAGGAGAUGGAAGGAUGUCCGUGUGGGGGAUUUUGUGAGAGUGCUCUCUAAUGAGAUCAUCCCAGCUGACAUCCUGCUCCUGCACACGUCCGACCCUAAUGGAGUGUGUCACAUGGAAACGGCCAAUCUGGACGGAGAGACCAACCUUAAACAGAGGAAGGUGGUGCCAGGCUUUUCUACUCUGGGUGAACCAUUUCAACCUCAAACAUUUGACAGUACCGUAGUGUGUGAAAACCCUAACAACAACCUCAACCUGUUCAAAGGUUACGUGGAAAGGCCUGAUAAGAGGAGAACGGGCUUCGGCAUCGAUAGUCUUCUGCUGCGCGGCUGCACGGUGCGAAAUACUGAUGAUGCAGCUGGAAUAGUGGUGUACGCAGGACACGAGACCAAAUCCAUGUUAAACAACAGCGGGCCCAGGUACAAACGCAGCAAGAUCGAGAGGAAGAUGAAUACGGAUGUUCUCUUCUGUGUGGUUCUUCUAUUUUUCAUGUGUCUCAUCGGAGCCCUGGGCCAUGCGAUCUGGUUGGAAACUUUUACCAGCAUGCCCUCAUACAUCGUCCCUGACAGUGAUGGCAAUUACACUCCUUCAGUACUAGCGGGAUUUUACAUGUUCUUCACUAUGAUCAUCUUACUUCAGGUGAUGAUCCCUGUUUCACUGUACGUGUCCAUUGAGCUGGUGAAGAUGGGGCAGAUCUACUUCAUCACUCAGGAUGUGGAACUGUACGACGAGGAGCUGGACAGCCGCGUCCAGUGUCGUGCUUUGAACAUCACUGAGGACUUGGGACAGAUCCAAUACGUCUUUUCGGAUAAGACGGGGACGCUCACAGAAAACAAGAUGGUGUUCAGGCGCUGCACCAUCAUGGGGACCGAGUACUGUCAUGAGGAGAACGCUGCUCAUUUGGCAGUUGUCAGUGGAGCAAAUGAAGAGGAUGAGGUCACCGUCUACCAACAGACAAAGCUUCCUCCACUCUUCCCUCUGGAAGAAUUACAGGACGUCCACACAGGGGACAAAAAUCACGCCAACACUCAAGUCUCAGCUGCCAAUCGACGCAGAUCAAAAGCGGCAGCAGGAGCCCAAAGUGACAUGGCCUUCAGCAGUCCUCUGGAAACCGUGGUGGUUCCAGACUGGAAGCUGAUGCUGGAGGUGGACCAUCAGAUGGCGAGCAUCCAGACCGGGCCCUACCUGGACUUCUUUCUGGCUUUGGCCAUCUGCAACACAGUGGUGGUUUCCUCAGCGACGGCCCAAAGACAGAGGGUCAAAGGACGGCGUAGCUCCUCAUACUCAGGAGGUUCAUUUCAUAACAUGCGGCAGUGGUUCAAAAAGGUUUCUCUGGGAAAAGUUUUCCGCUCUAUGAAGUUCUUCAGGAGAGGCGGGGAGACGCUCGCAGAUCCUUUCUCCAUCGAUGACGAAGAGCCCGCUGUGUUUCACAACUCCGACGUUUCAGACGUCACAGGCCAGAAGGUCAUUUCGAGUGAACGCAAGGUUAAAAGCAGUCUGUCGGGGUCAGAGGAGGUGUGUUACGAGGCCCACAGCCCAGAUGAGGCCGCUCUGAUACACGCAGCAAAGGCUUAUGGGUUCACCAUGGUGGAGCGCACUCCUCAUUAUGUGACUGUCAAGCUGCCCAAUGACGCGCUGUUGAAGUUUGAAGUGCUGGACAUCCUGACCUUCGACUCCACGAGGAGGAGGAUGUCCAUCAUUGUGCGACAUCCACACAGCAAAGAAAUCAUCAUGUACACCAAAGGAGCUGAUUCAGCCAUCAUGGAGAGGCUGGGGAAUGUUUUUUCAGAUAUGACACGAGUGGAUAGUGAGGCGAAGCAACUUGCUGUAAAAACUCAAAAAGACCUUGACAUGUACGCCAGGAAUGGAUUACGGACGCUGUGCUUUGCCAAGAAGGUUAUCAGUGAGCAGGAGUUUGGGGCCUGGUAUGCUGUCAGACAGGAGGCGCUGUCAGAUAUGGAUGAGAAAGAAGAGCGUCUGAUGGAAUCUGCAAACUUCAUCGAGAACAACUUCACUCUGCUGGGGGCCACCGGCAUUGAGGACCGUCUCCAAGAAAACGUCCCAGAAACCAUCCAGGCUCUGAGACGGGCUGGCAUGCAGGUGUGGGUGCUGACAGGGGACAAACCCGAGACGGCCAUCAACAUCGCGUACUCCUGCAAGCUGCUCGAGCAUGAAGACCUGGUGUUCACCUUCAGCACCAACAGGAAGUCCGUGUGUAAAAUGAGGUUGGAAGAGACACUAGGAGAGGUGCGACGAAGCACGCUGUCACCAGGAGGGUUCAGGGGUUACAACUCGACGUUUACUGGCCCGCUGAUGGAUCCCAGUAUCGGCCUGGUGAUAGACGGGGCGACUCUGAGCAUGGCUAUGUCGGAUGAUCUGGUGGACCAGUUUGUGGAGCUUUGCAAAUACUGCCGUGCGGUGCUUUGCUGUAGAGUGACGCCGUUGCAGAAGAGCGCUGUGGUUAAAAUCAUACAGCAGAAACUGAGGGUCAUGACCCUCGCUGUAGGUGACGGCGCCAAUGAUGUGAACAUGAUUCAAGCUGCAGAUGUUGGCAUUGGAGUUUCUGGGCAGGAGGGGAUGCAGGCUGUCAUGGCCAGCGAUUUUGCCAUCACACGCUUCAAACACCUCCAAAGACUGCUGCUGGUUCACGGACACUGGUGCUACUCAAGACUGGCCAACAUGGUCAUCUAUUUCUUUUACAAGAAUGUGGCGUAUGUAAAUCUGCUGUUCUGGUAUCAGUUUUUCUGUGGCUUCUCCGCCACGGCCAUGAUCGACUACUGGCUCAUGAUAUUUUUCAACCUGUUCUUCACCUCUGCUCCUCCCAUCAUGUUUGGGAUCGUGGACAAAGAGGUGUCAGACGCCACGUUACUGAGCCUGCCUGAGCUCUAUAAGAGAGGACAGCACUCGGAGGGCUACAGGCGUUCAACAUUUUGGAUUGCGAUUCUUGAUGCUUUCUAUCAGAGUCUAGUGUGCUUCUUCAUUCCAUACUGGACAUACAACGGUUCAGACAUCGGCAUAUUUGCGUUCGGCACUCCCAUGAACACGGUGUCUCUGUUCACCAUCAUCCUGCAUCUGGCGAUUGAAAUCAAGAGCUGGACGGUGGUUCAUUGGGUGAUCAUGAUCGGCAGUGUGCUGGUGUACUUCAUCGUGUGUCUGGCCUACAGCGCCAUCUGUAUCAGCUGCAACCCUCCGUCUGACCCCUACUGGAUCAUGCACAAACAAAUGGCCGACCCCAUGUUCUACCUCGUCUGCAUUUUAACAACGGUUGUUGCUUUACUGCCAAGGUACACCUUGCAUGUCCUGAGGGGAACACUGGCGCCCUCCCCUCACCUCCGCGCGCGGCAGCUCGAGCGGCUGCCCCCGUCCUAUCGGGAGCAGCGGAUCAGAGAGUGGCGUGGUCUCCGAGACACGUGUAUCUCUCCUUCUCUCAGAUCCCAGGAACACGGCUCGUCUCCCUGCCCCAGCGCAUAAGUACACACGCAGCACAGUCCAGCACGCCACGCUACCUCAUGCACAGAGGACCACAGUGCCACAAAGCUUGAAUUUUUCUACUCAGAAAAUUGGCAACAAACUCAAACCCACAUUUAUGUUUUGCACACGUGGGCACGCGCCGUGUCCAUUUAGGCCGUACAGAGAAGCCGUGCGUUUCAAUUUCUAGACCUCUUUGCUCUCAUAAACCAGCUUCGCAGGUUUCCUGCUGCGUCUGCGUUUGGAACUCAGGUUUACAGUCUGUGCUUGAUCAAUACAUGCGUAUAAUUUCUCGACGGCGUGAAUGUAAUGUGCUCGGUGGAUGCAGCUGAGCCUUUUCCCUUUUGUGAAACCUACUUCCUGUUGUCAUGUGGACCACAUUUGUAUGCACUUGCGCUUUGAGCUGCUCAUGUAAUAAUUGAGGUUUGCAGAUGUUACAUAAUAUCUCAGUUCAUAUAUUCAGAGCUUGUUGUGCUCGCUGACAGAAACACAAGCGCCACAGUGAGAUUAAGGAGGCUGGAUCUUCUUCUUCUUCUUAAUUCCUAAUAAAUUUAUUGGCUCGUAACGCUUGUUGAUGUGUGUGCGUGUAACACGCCGAGGCGGAUCACACAGUCCUGCGCCGUUAUUUGAAUAUUUAAUUGCCCUGCUGACGUCUGGCUGACGCUCUUCACUCACGAUGCGGUCAGCGAUGACCUCACGCUCAGACGGAUCAUAGCCCGCCGAGCGCGGCUCGUCUCCGCAUCCUUCCAGCAUGUGUGUAACGCACACCACAGUCGAGGCUCAGGAUGAAAAAAAGGCUCUUGCGCUGAUUCUAUUUGCAGAACCCAAGGCGGGUUUUAUGUAAUGAUGUCAGGCGGCUUUCUGACGGGAUGCUUCUGCUAUCUAGUGGUGCUCUGAUGAACUACACAACCAACCGUCCAUUUAGGGAGUGAGAGAAGACACAAGAUGGUUGAAGUCUGGAUGUCAGAACAGCACAUCCUUUAAUAAACCCACAUGACUGUGUUUUCAGAAUGUCACGUGCUGAAGGAUUUCUUUAAGGGCGGAUACUUCUAAACAAAAUUAAACCGUUAAUGAAAUUAUGUUCGAAAAUAUUUUUCAUACAUGCAAAUUGGGGGUUAUUAUUUAAUAUGCACAGAUUUGUAUAUUAAGUGAUAUAGACCUCAAAUAAAUCUCACUUUAAGCUUUUCAAAAGCUAUUUAAUAAAACAUCUCUUUGUAAAAUGUAAAUAUAUGUGUUUGUAAUUAAAUGAAAAUAUUUUUAGGAAAGAAAAAACAGCCAAUAACAGGGCUAUAUAUAUAUAUAUAUAUAUAUAUAUAUAUAUAUAUAUAUUAGAAAGACAAUUACCUUUAGAAGCAAUAUUUAAAAGCAUGGGUUUCUAUGUCAUAUUAUGAAACAUGUUGCCUUAAAGAGCUGCUUUUUUUUCCUGAUUUGACUUGACGUACAUAAAUGAAUGGUCGGUUCAGUGAAGUUAAAUAAUAUUUUUGACUUGAAUAAAUCCAGUUAAUUUAGUUAAUUUAAUUCAUGCAAUAUGAUUGUUGUUUACAAUGUGACAAACUUUUGCUUUAAGAAAAUUUGAAUGAAAUUUAAUUUUGUAA